UGCGCAUGCGCAGUUCGCCAUAUUGCGCAGCUGGGCGUGAGAGUGCGUCGAAAACAUCGCGGCUACAUUGUUUAUUUUCGUGGCGCUCAGUAACUGUUUUCACCCGGUUAUAAAUACUAUGCUGAACCCUAGUCUAACGGGGUUAUCGCUCAAAUGAAGAACGCUUGUCGCUUUAAACCGUUUUAGAGAUUACUAAACGCGUUAGUCCGGCUGAAGUGUGUUAGCGUAACGCGCUGUAGCAGCUAACACGAUUCACAUCAAAAUCCCCCAAACUGGAGACACGAAGACCGAUUCAUUCCCAGGAGACACAACAGGGCGUGUGAAUGGACGCUUCACUGACGGCAGUGUCUUGCUGAACCGAGUUCGAACGGCACCGGGAGCCUCCGAGGCCGACAACCAGCGCAGGAUGUCCAUCACAAACACGCCCACCAGUAACGACGCGUGUCUGAGCAUCGUCCACAGCCUGAUGUGCCACCGGCAGGGCGGCGAGAGCGAGACCUUCGCCAAGCGGGCCAUCGAGAGCCUGGUGAAGAAGCUGAAGGAGAAGAAGGACGAGCUGGACUCUCUCAUCACUGCCAUCACCACUAACGGCGCUCAUCCCAGCAAGUGUGUGACCAUACAGAGAACGCUAGACGGCCGGCUGCAGGUGGCUGGCCGUAAAGGAUUCCCACAUGUCAUCUAUGCACGGUUAUGGCGAUGGCCGGACCUUCAUAAGAACGAGCUGAAACACGUCAAGUACUGCCAGUUUGCCUUUGACCUCAAAUGUGACAGCGUCUGUGUGAACCCCUACCAUUACGAGAGAGUCGUGUCUCCGGGGAUCGAUUUAUCUGGACUCACGCUGUCAGGCUCUGGUCCGUCAGGCCUGAUGGUGAAGGAUGAAUAUGAUUAUGAAUCGCAGCAGUCUCUGCCCAGCACUGAGGGACACAUGCAGACGAUUCAACACCCUCCCUCGAGACCGGUGGCCCCGGAGCCCUUCAACACGCCGGCCAUGCUCCCGCCAGCAGAGGGCAGCAGCUCCGCCUCCAGCUCCGCCUUCUCCAACAUCGCGGUCGGAUCCACAAAUGUGUGCAUGCCGCCUCUCUCCCCAGCUCAGCCCGGUAGUGUUCUGACAGCAAGCCAUAGCAGUGAGAGUCUGCUGAUUGCAUCAGGGACAGGGCCGGGCUCUCAGCAGAACGGCUUCCCACCAGGCCAGACCUCCACGUACCAUCACAGUCCGGUGUCUCUUCUUCUGUCCACAGACGCCACCUCCACCUGGACGAGGAACAACAACUUCCCUCCCAGCGUUCCUCACCAUCAGAACGGGCAUCUCCAGCACCACCCGCCCAUGGCACACCCGGCACACUACUGGCCUGUUCACAACGAGAUCGGGUUUCAGCCGCCGAUAUCCAACCAUCCUGCUCCUGAAUACUGGUGCUCCAUUGCUUAUUUCGAGAUGGAUGUUCAAGUGGGCGAGACCUUUAAAGUGCCCUCGUCCUGCCCGGUGGUGACGGUGGACGGAUACGUGGAUCCCUCAGGAGGAGACCGCUUCUGUCUCGGACAGCUCAGCAACGUCCACAGAACAGAGGCCAUCGAGAGGGCGAGACUGCACAUCGGGAAAGGCGUCCAGCUGGAGUGUAAAGGUGAAGGAGAUGUUUGGGUUCGCUGUCUGAGCGAUCACGCCGUGUUUGUCCAGAGCUACUACUUGGACCGCGAGGCCGGCCGCGCUCCUGGCGAUGCUGUGCACAAGAUUUACCCGAGCGCAUACAUCAAGGUGUUUGACUUGCGCCAGUGCCACCGGCAGAUGCAGCAGCAGGCGGCCACGGCUCAGGCGGCGGCGGCAGCUCAAGCGGCAGCAGUGGCCGGGAAUAUCCCCGGACCCGGGUCUGUCGGAGGAAUCGCUCCUGCUAUCAGCCUGUCUGCGGCGGCUGGUAUCGGCGUGGACGAUCUCCGCCGGCUCUGCAUCUUGCGCAUGAGUUUCGUUAAAGGCUGGGGCCCGGAUUACCCUCGACAGAGCAUUAAAGAGACGCCCUGCUGGAUCGAGAUCCACCUGCACCGGGCCCUCCAGCUGCUGGACGAGGUCCUGCACACCAUGCCCAUCGCCGACCCCACGCCGCUAGACUGAGACACACGCCUCCGAGGGUCAGAGGUCAACGCCACACGGAUGCACACGCAUCGAUUUCAUUGAAAGAUUCAAUUUGUUUUUGUUUUGUUUUUUUCAUUUCACCUCUUCGACCCCAGUAACGCUGUGCAGAAAGUGUUCCAGCAACCAAAUUUAUCAUCUCAAAUGUUUUGCAUGAAAAAGACAUGAGCUCCUCAGAGGUGCAUGCUGGGAUUGGGUUUGGUCUUCAAAAGCAGUUUCAAUGAAUUUGUUUCCAGACAUUCUCUAGCCUGAAAUGGGUUUAAUUCCCAGAGUCUCACAGGCUGAACGUUCGUUCAGACAGAAGUUUCUGUGGUUAAAGCGGUUCGGAUCGCAUGUACAUAAAACAUCAGUUCUUCAUGCUAAUCGGCUUAACCGUUGUUAACCAUCAUAGCGAAACGGUUCGUCCAAACUCACACAUGCACCAGCUUUAUUUGUGUUCUGGAUGCUUGCCCUUUUCUUUUUCUUUUAGCCAAGUACAUGUACUAGCACUUUCUUUUUUUAUUUCCAGUGUCUCUUUGCAGCUUGUGAAUAAAAAAAUAUCCUGCACCUCUUUUACAAACAUGAACACGCUUCUGAAUCGGACUCAGUACUAAGAUGUUUGUCCUUGAUUUAUUAUUGAUUUAAUGCAGCAGAUUUAAUGAUUAAAGGUCACAAGGGCUCCAUUUGACUCAUGAUUAUAAUGCCUUUAAUAGGAAACUGAUGCAUUAACAACUUUAUACCAUUAAUCUCUGAUGUCCGAGAAUAUCAGUUUUCAUAUAGUAAAUUACGGGCAUGUUUCGAUAUGAGAUGAACUGGAACCGUGUGUUUUGAUGUGAACAUUGAAAGCCACAUGACGUGAACAUUAUGGGAAAUAUGUCAGUAUUAUUCAGAGCUUGUGUUAUUCGUUCUGAACCCGACAGACGUGCUCUGGAAACGGUUCAGCCUGGCAUGUGUCGAGAUCUGAUGACCGGUUCAUACUUCUGUUGAGCCUGAUUUCAUUUCACUGUUUGAAAAGAAAUAGGAAGGUUCUGAAAUGGAAGAUUCCUCAAAUAACUCAUACUUUUAGCAGUUUAACAAAUACAGAAUGCUAUUAAAAUUGAUUUUGAAGUCUUGU